AUGGCAAACCCACCCCACGGCGGUGUCCUGAAGGACCUUAACGCGCGCGAUGCCCCGCGCCAUGACCAGCUCGAGGCAGAGGCGGAGACGCUGCCUGCCAUUGUCCUCACAGAGCGUCAGCUCUGUGAUCUGGAGCUGAUCAUGAAUGGAGGAUUCAGUCCGCUGGAGGGUUUCAUGAACGAGAAAGAUUACGAUGGGGUCGUAACGAAUCUCCGCCUGGCGGAUGGCAAUCUUUUCUCGAUGCCAAUUACAUUGGAUGUCUCUCAAGAGGUCAUCAAUGAGACGGGACUAAAGCCGGGAUCUCGGGUUACCCUGCGCGAUUUCCGAGAUGAUCGCAACCUGGCCAUCCUGACUGUCGAGGAUAUCUACCGCCCCGACAAGGCGAGAGAGGCGAAGCUGGUCUUCGGCGGUGAUGAGGAGCACCCUGCGAUUAAAUACCUGUACAACAAGGUACAUGAGUUCUAUGUCGGUGGAAAGGUGGAAGCUGUGAACAAGCCCAAUCACUAUGACUAUGUUGAUCUUCGCUACACUCCCGCAGAGCUGCGCACUCACUUCGACAAGCUCGGCUGGACCCGGGUUGUCGCCUUCCAGACUAGAAAUCCUAUGCACAGGGCUCACCGUGAAUUGACGGUUCGCGCCGCCCGCGCCCGUCAGGCGAAUGUCUUGAUCCACCCCGUCGUCGGUCUCACUAAGCCCGGAGAUAUCGACCACUUCACUCGUGUGCGUGUGUACCAAGCCAUCCUCCCCCGUUACCCCAAUGGAAUGGCUGUCCUGGGUCUGUUGCCUCUGGCCAUGCGCAUGGGUGGACCGCGUGAAGCCAUCUGGCACGCCAUCAUCCGGAAGAAUCACGGAGCUACACAUUUCAUCGUUGGACGCGACCAUGCUGGUCCGGGCAAGAACUCCAAGGGAGUCGAGUUCUACGGCCCGUAUGACGCCCAGCAUGCGGUGGAGAAGUACAAGGACGAACUGGGAAUCGAGGUCGUCGAGUUCCAGCAAGUGACCUAUCUUCCCGACACCGACGAAUACAAGCCCGUGGAUGAGGUCCCCCCGGGCACGAAGACCCUUGACAUCUCCGGAACCGAGCUGCGGAGACGUCUUCGCACCGGUGGUCACAUCCCCGAGUGGUUCUCGUACCCCGAGGUCGUCAAGGUUCUGCGAGAGUCGAACCCGCCUCGCUAUGCUCAGGGCUUCACCAUCUUCCUCACGGGUUACAUGAACUCUGGCAAGGAUGCUAUUGCACGCGCUCUGCAAGUGACGCUGAACCAGCAAGGCGGCCGUUCAGUUUCCCUCCUUCUGGGAGACACUGUCCGCCACGAGCUCUCGUCCGAGCUGGGCUUCAGCCGAGAGGACCGCCACACCAACAUUCAGCGGAUUGCCUUUGUCGCGGCUGAGCUCACCAAGGCCGGUGCGGCAGUCAUCGCCUCUCCCAUUGCCCCCUACGAGCACUCCCGCCAGGCUGCGCGCGAGACGGUCUCCCAGGUGGGCAGCUUCUUCCUUAUCCACGUUGCUACGCCACUUGAGUACUGUGAACGCACCGACAAGCGGGGUAUCUAUGCCAAAGCCCGCCGGGGUGAGAUCAAGGGAUUCACCGGAGUUGACGACCCGUACGAGGUGCCCAAAAACGCCGAUCUGGUCGUCGAUGUGUCGAAGCAGAGUAUUCGGAGCAUUGUGCACGAGAUCAUUCUGCUGCUUGAGAGCCAGGGUUUCCUUGACCGUCAGUAA